UGUUAUCUUAAUUGCAACACUGAAACAUACCUUGGCAUCGCAAUGUGAAUGUCAAAAAGGCAGAACACUCAAAAACCUGGAAAAAAAGUGUUGUUUUAUUGAAAACAUGGCAAAUUGCAGCUAAAACAGCAGGUGUGCACACAAAGUAAACGAUUGUGUAAUUAAUAGCCUGGCUGCAGUGCAUAGAAAUUAAGUUUAGACUCGAAAUUGACGCGUGUUAAGGGCAAACAAGAAAAAAAAUUCCAACACAGACCUUGGAGUGGUAGCAUACACAUACACAACUGGCCAACACACAUACGCGCACACACGCACAUUGUGAUAAACGGGGCCCAGUCGAAAACGUCAUAUAUUUCCCCCGCCCGCUCGCUAGCUGCUUUAAGCCAAAUUAGCAGACUUUCAAGGCAGGAAGUCCGCUCAGAGGAUCCACCACCAUCACGACGACAGCUGCAAAAUGGUAAAUGUGCCGCCACUGCUGUGCAGCACGCCGCCACCGAUCGAUUUUGGCGAGGACGACGACGACUCGGGCCUGCAGUCAACGAUCAAUUUGGAUGACGACGACGACGACUUUGGCUUAGUCACCAGCAGCCGCUCAGCGCUUACAAAAGAAACCCAUACAGAAGCCCAGCCCGUGUACAGCGAGAGGCCGCCUGAACUGGAGCUGAUUGGCAAACCAAAUGCAGAGGAAAUAAAACAAAAUGUGGAGGCUUUCAAUUACCAAGUGAAACAGUCGCCGUCGCUUGAUGACUAUCAGGAGACGCCACCGCCGCUAGAGGAGGAGCUGCAGGAAGAAGAGGAGGAGGAAGAGGAGGAGAUUGCGAAUAUAAAUGACAAUGUGCCGUCCCUGAAGCUGGACAGCCUGAGUCUGUACUCCACGGAAAGUGUCUCCGCAGCGUCCACGCUGUCGCCUGUGGCAGUUGCCGACGAGGAAAUGCCAGCCCCAACCAAAGCACCAGCAGCAGCAGCAGCAGCAGCACCACCACCUGUACUCAGCCAUCAAGUCACGCUGGAGGAUGUGUCCGAUGACAGCGACGAGGAGUGCUCGCCAAAGAAACCCAAAGAAUUAUUUAUACGCGAGGGAGCUGAAGAUUUCUUUGCCAUUGAAGUGCUGGCAACGCCCACAGAAACAGCCUUUUCCUUCCCUUCCGACGCCUCCAUGGAUAAGCCAGCGGUUGAGCCGGUUUCCGUUCAGUUUGCUGCGAGCUUUGAGCAGGCGACGGCACAGUCUGUGGAGCAGCAGCAGCAGGAGGAGCACCAGCAGUGUCCUGCAGCUACUGAAGAGGAUGAAUUCGAUGACUUUGGCGACUUUGCGGACUUCUCUGCUGUGCCCGAGCCUGCAGUGGAGGUUACGCCAGCUCCAGUUUCCCUGACGGUUGCUCCUCCCACGCCUGCUGCAAAGGAUUCCCCGGCGCCUGCUGCCGAUGAUGGCUUUGAUGACUUUCAAGAAUUUGCCACGCCACCUGCAGAGACUGCUGACGAUGAUGACGAUGACUUUGGAGACUUCUCAGAGCCGCUAACAGCAGCCAUGGCCACAGUUGCAGCUGUUCCCCCGCCACCGCAGCCUGCAGCAGCUCCCCUCAGCAUCGAUGAGCGCAUCAAGCCCGUGCUAGAGCUAAUGUUUCCCCUGUCGCAGACGAGCAGCGCUGCAACUGAAGCCAAACGGCGACCGCUGGCGCAGUGUCAAAGCUUUAACUUUGGUGCCAUCGAGCAGGCCCAAGCGCUGGACUAUCAGUGGACCAGCUCGGAGAUGCGGCACUCCCUCGUGCGUGCGCUGGGCAUCGAUUCGAGGAAUAUACUUUUCGGCGACAAGUGGAACGCUUCCAUGCCGCGUUUUGCUGCCAAUUUGAGUUUUGAUCCGCUGAAGCCGCUCAAACCGCUGGAGCCGAGCAGUCAGCAGUUGUCCUCAGUGGGACUGGAAGCAACCGCCGCAGCCGCACCACAAACGAGCCAAGCUGAAGCGCGGUCUGGCGCGUCUAAUGGGGAAAACUGUGUCCCUGCCAGCAGCAGCAGCGGCAGCGAAAUCUCCUCCAGCUUUAAGCAGAACCACAACCCUAGCGCAGAGCUUAAUAGCGACUGCCUUGAGUCCACAGCAGCGGCAUCAGCAGCAGCUGCUGCUGCAGCAACAGCGACGCUAUCGACUGCUCUAUCAGCAAACGGCUAUGGCCACAACCUCAACGGCAGUGAGCAGCUGCAUCAGCAGCAGCAGCACCAGCAGCAGCCAGCACACCAGCAACAGUUUGAUUUGAGAGCGCCAACUCCACCGCCAGUGGCAGCUCCAACACCAGCAGAGGAUCUUAGACCCACGGCCAGCACACCAACUGGCUUUGCCAUGCCACUGAAGGAGACACACAUCUACACACCCUCGAAAUCGGACACGGCUGUGGCGAGGACCACAACGCUGGCGCCCAUUGAUUUUGACUAUGAGAUUGCGGCGACGGGCAUCAUCAUUGAUGAGACGGUGGUCAAGAAGGAGUAUCGCGAUGUGGAGUACAAGCCGCCGCCAUUUGGCCUGGACUCGCCCAGCCGCUUGGCCAGCAGCAAUGGCACCAGCAGCUUUGAGCUGCCCACCACGACGCCCGCAGUGGCGGAGGACGAUGAUUUCAGUGACUUUCAGUCGAUGCCAGCGAAAACGCAGGCGGCGCUGCAGCCGCCACGGAAUGGCACGCCCACAUUUGGCGAGCAAAUGAUACUCUGUCCGGCCAUACUGCUGCCACAGGCCAUACCGCUGGCCAAGACGGCCAUUGAGUGGGGCGACAAUUCGCUGUCCAGCAUCAAUGCCGAGGAAAUGGCACGCAUUGAGGAUUUGUUUUCGGCACAGUCCAAGCCGCCGACGAUAAGUGCAACGGUGGCCAAGCAGCCGCCACAACAGCAGCAGCAGCAGCAACAGGAGGAUGAUGAAUGGUCGGACUUUGUGUCGGUGCCAGUGGGACAGCAGCAGCAGCAGCAGCCACAGCAACAGACAUUUAGCAAUAACAACAAUGUCAACAGCUUGAAGAAGCCGCCUACAGGCCCCAGCUCUGCCCCAAAGGACGAUGACUGGUCGGACUUUGUCAGCAGCACGCCGCUGCCGUCGCGACCCUCCGCGCCACAAUUCAACUCCGGCGCCUGGCAGAGCGCCAACUUCUACAACAAUCCUUUGAGUCUCUACCAGCAUCAGAAGCAGACGCAUGCACACAGCAACUUGGUGCCCAGCAGCAGCAAGAGCAAGAGCAACACCAACACCAACACAAACCACAAUAACAACAACAACAACAACAACAACAAUGUGCCAGCGACACCGCAGCAAAUACACAUCAUGCACGACUUCUCCACGGCGCCCUCGACAACAGCGGGCGGAGCAGGAGUGGGUGCCACCUAUCAGCAGCAUCAUCAGCGGCAGCAAUUCCAGAUCGGCAAUGCCAAGGUGGCGCCACGCAUAUCCCUCAUACCCGACUUGAGCUUCGUGGCGCCUGCGCUGCCCACCAACGCGGGCGCCUUUAUGGGCUCGCUGCCCAAGCCCAGUUUUGGUGGCAAGAAAUGACAAAUGCUGCGCGGAGGCAGACAUCAUGUGAAUCCUCAAAAGAAACAGCAGCAGCAGCAGCCGCCACGUCCACUGGCAGGAGAGGCCAGCAUACUCACGUAGAGUGCUGAUCCCUGGGGCCCGCGGUGGAGUUGAGUCAGUAUUAUGAAUCCGUCUGAUAAUUACUUAUAGAACGUCGUAACCAGUUUGUGGUAGAAGUUUAGAAGCAGCUGAAAGAAACUGUGUUUAAUGUUGUCGUUGAAGUUAUUGUUGUUGUUUGUUGUUGUUGUUGAAGUUGUUGCUAGAACUCCCCCCAGAAAACCCCAGAAAAUGCAGCAAGAACUCCAGCUCAAAAUUUAAACCACAGAAUAAAUUAGAGUGUAAAAAACUAGAGAGAUUUUACAGGCCAGAAACCCCAGAGACAGGGACUUAAAAUCAUUCCAGAGCAAACAACUCUUCCCUUUGUGACUGCCCAAGGUCCCAGCCCUAACCAAGAGAAUACUCCAAGAAGUACGAAGAAAAGUAAACCCCAAAAAAAACCAACCCGCCUGAUGCGAACUUUUCUACCAAUAAACAAAUAUACA